GUAGCUAUUCUUGCAGUCCUUCUAUAGACAUAGAUCAAUAAAGUUUUGCUUGAGUGUAGGCCGAAAAAAGAGCCCAAUCAUGACUAUUCUUAUGGGAGUGCUUUCUGGAUCUCUUGCAUUGAUCAUUCUAUUUACAAUCCUUCUUAUUGUUACGGGAAAGAUGAGGAGAAGGUUGCCAAUACCGCCAUUGAUUAUCUCAAGCCUUCCACUAUCGGCAAGCAGGAAUAGCCAAGAUUCUUUAACGAAUAUUGAAUCCUCAUUAAUUGAUCUGGAUGCAAUCAGAAUUGCGACAAUGGAUUUUUCAGAAGAAAACAAGCUUGGAGAAGGCGGAUUUGGAGUUGUUUACAAGGGUGUGCUUGAAGAUGGGCUAGAAAUAGCAGUGAAGAGGCUAUCGGUAACAUCAAAGCAGGGAUUAAAACAACUGAGAAAUGAGGUGGAUUUAAUGGCUAAGCUUCAGCAUAAAAACCUUGUUAAAUUGUUAGGUUGUUGCCUGAAAGACGAGGAGAAGCUGCUUGUUUAUGAAUUCCUGCCUAACAAAAGCCUUGACAAGUACUUAUCCGAUUCCGUUAGGCGCCAGCAACUAGAAUGGGGAACACGGUACAGAAUCAUUGAAGGCAUUGGUAGGGGGCUUCUUCAUCUCCAUGAAAAUCCAGGUUUCAGAAUCAUUCAUCGUGAUCUGAAAGCUAGCAAUAUCUUACUAGAUAUCAACCUGGAACCGAAAAUUUCAGACUUUGGCAUCGCAAAGCUCUUCAAAAUGGAUCAAACCAGAGGAAUAACAAGCCAAGUUGUCGGCACAUUUGGAUACAUGUCACCAGAGUAUGCUUUACAUGGGAACUUCUCCACUAAAUCCGAUGUGUAUAGUUUUGGUGUGCUGGUAUUCGAGAUCCUUGCUGGCUGUUGCAAUAGUACUGUGGUUGCUUCAGGGACUCCCUUAGACUUACUUAGCCAUGUUUGGCAUUGUUGGAAUAAAGGUAUGGCGCUGAAAAUCAUUGAUCAAAUCCUAGUAGAUAGGUAUUCUUCGAAUGAAGCAUUGAGAUGCAUCCACAUUGCACUGCUGUGCAUCCAGGAAGAUCCAGCUCUGAGACCAAGCAUGUCUUCACUGCUAGCCAUGCUCACCACUAGCACUGUUGCUCUGCCUGAUCCCCUGAUGCCUACAUUUUUAAAGCAAGUGGAAGUUUGAUUUCCUAUUCGUCAGAUGGUUCUUUUGUUUCAGCCGAGUAAUGAUUUGAGCUUCUCAUUU